AUGACAAAAAUAGAUGGAAAUAUCUCAUCCAAAGUAUCUAACACAAGAUUAAAGAAGAAUGAGGAGGAUAUGCUCAGUAUACUGAAGGCUAUAUCCAUAGCCUUAUACAAACUUCAGAGAAAUUGCUGCUAUAUUGCUGAUGGUGUCAAAAUCUGGAAGGCACUUCAAAAGAUGUUGACAAAAGAAAUACCUCAUCAAAAAGUUAAAUGGCAGACAAAGAAGCAAAUGGCUCAAGCACUAACUCCACUUAAUUUUCUUGCAAAUAUUCUUAACCACAGAAAUAAAGCGGCAGCAGCAGCCCGGUGGGUCCCUCACAGCAGGCAGCUGCCUUUUUGUUCCACCUGGAGCCAGGGCACACAAGCUAACUUUUCUGAGCAAGUAGUCGAAAGCUUUCCAUCUGAUAUCUCUACUGGUAUAUACUAUGGAUGGGCCUGUGUUGGGAAUGGAGAUGUGCAUAAAAUGGUUUUGAGCAUAGGCUGGAACCCGUAUUAUAAGAACGUAAAGAAAUCAGUGGAAACACACAUAAUCCACAUAUUCAAAGAAGAUUUUUAUGGUGAAAUUCUUAGUAUAGUCAUUGUUGGGUACAUUAGACCAGAAAAAAACUUUGAUUCCUUAGAUGCACUUAUUUCAGCAAUUCAAGACGACAUUGAAGAGGCUAAGAGAAAACUAGAUUUACCAGAACACCUGAAACUCAAAGAAGACAACUUUUUCCACAUGCCGGAAAGCAAACUAGUUAAUGGCCAUUAAACAAGGUCAUCUGUACACUUAUUUUUAUUGUACUUUUGUCUUUGUUCUGCUCUCAUUAGUAUUCAGCUGUUGUAUCUGGUUAGUUAAGUGAAAUCUGUGUGUGAACAAAAUACUGUAAAACAGUACAGCUAUGUUCGGCUUUUUUGCUUGAAUGAAUGUAUUAAUGUUGGGUUCUUCUAAAAAACCCAACAUUGAUUCAGUAUGUUGAAAAUUUUUCACAGGUCUAAUGACCUGCAACACAAAACCAAAGCUACUAGUAUCUUUUUGUCCUUUAAUGGUGUGUACAUAUUCGCUACAAACAAAUGACAUAUGAAGGCAUUUGUUUGUCAUUAGAUUAGAGUGGACAGUUAUUCCUGUUUUCUAAUUAUUUUUACACUUAUAUCUGGUCUUCAGUCUCUUAAUUUACACAAUACCAACAGUGACCAUUCUAGAAGUUUGUCUGUGAUGCAGAAAAUAUCUGUAGCAAGAAUAACAUAUUAUAGCAUCUAUAUUUUUUAUAUAUUUUAGUAGGCAUAUUUUACACUUGAAACUGGCAUUUUAAUUGAAAUUAUUUAUUAUAAUUUUAUUUGAAGAAAUUAUCACUGGAGUAAAAUAAUUGCACUGUCUUCCAUUUUAAUGACAUAGCUCCUAUUUUGACGGUUACCUGAACCCUAAAAUGGAUGUUUUAGUUUAUUUAAAAAACACAUACACAUCCCAUCAUGACAAAUUAUGGGCUGAUUAUUUUCAUUUUGGAAUAACAUUAAACAACACUAGAUCUAGGUUACUAAAUUUAACUCUGUGUAAUUCUGGAAUUGUAAAGGUGAUUGAAAACUAUCCUUAGUUCAAAAAAUCCUCAAAUGAUGCAGUCAGUAUAACAAGACCUGUGGCUUUAUAGCCCCUAGAAUGGGAGAGGGAACGCAGACUAGCUAAGUAGCUAUUGACAGCUGCUUCAGUGAUGUUUGAGGGACUGUUACAGCAACAGAGGCUUCUCUUUAAGUUAUGUUAUGGACAAAACCAACCCCAGUUGACUUGAAGACUGGAUAAGUGAAGCCAUUUUUAUGCCCUACAAGUUCCUUCUUGAGUCCAACUUCAAGCAGAUUCUAUAAACAUGGGGCUCCUUGUUCCUAAUCUGUGGUUCCAAAUCAUUUCUUUUCUUACAAGUAUGUGCUUUUGACCCUUCUUUCUGGAUUGUAAAGCUGGGGCUUCUUCGCUCCUGAUCCUGGGCAGUUCCUUGGGUGUAGAACAAGGGUGGGCAAAAUAUGGCCCACCAAACAUUUGGAUCUGGCCCACUGAGGCACAACAGGAUCCUUGGGCAGGCUCCCUGCCAGCUACAGCCCCACAUACCACUUAAAGCAUCUUGGUUCUAGGGCUAGUGUGCGAGUCUUCUCCCUUGGGCAGAGAAGAGUUUCAGCACUCUGCCCCUGCCUCCAGCACCAUUUUUGCAGCUUCCCAUUAGCCAGAAACCAACUGAUGGAAGCGUAAAGGGCAGUGCUUACAGGCUGGAAGCCACCUACGUUAAGCCAAAGCCUACACCUGAGCACCUCACUCCCUCUAUUGCCCAACACCUUGGCCCGGGUCACAACCUCUUCCUGCACCCAAUUCCUGUGCACCUCUGGCCCAGCUCAGAACCCACACCCCAAUCCCAGCGCAGAGCUCCUUCCUGUAUGCAAACUCGGUCCCAAACUCCAUAUCCACUACAUUAAUAUAAUAGAAAAUUGUGGCCCCUGCCCACAUACCAAAUUCUCGGAGUGCCCCUCCUUGAAAAUUAUUACCUGCCGGCCUGGAAUGAUAUAAGCUAGUGUGUUGGGGACCUGCAAGAUCUAACUGUCAUCCAGCACUGUCUUGUAUCCUGAAUCUUUGCAGUGCUAUAAACCUGAUACCCCUAAGAUGCCUUUCAUUUCAGAGCUUAUACAGUCCUCAGAAGUCAGACUUAGAGCUGUCUUCCUCAGUUUCUAGGUUCACUUUAUGCUACUCUGGCUCUCUCACAAAAUGUAAAGAGACCAGAGCAGUUAGCGGCUUUUGUCAUGAGAAUCAAGUUCAAGUAUUUGAUUUGCAUAUCACCAAUUAGAGAUCUUGCAACAGAAACUUAAUGGGCAUGUUAAUAUGAAUGAGAAAAAAGAAUCUAAAUCAGUUGAGGAGGAAGGAAUGAUUACAUAACCACUUUUCAGAGUAAAUUGCACUGAAAAGCUGAUACUGAUAUCUUUUCAGAGUGCACAUUAAAUAUUUUUGUCAUACCUGCUUCCAGAGAAGUUUCACAAUUUCUCAUUUGUCUGUUGUUCAAACUUGGGGGAAAACUUAUCCUAUGUAGUUGAAAAUGUUGUUUUAAAAGAAUGGUUAAUAUGAGUGACAUUUUACUAUAUGACUCAGUGUAAACUGUCUUUUUUACACUCUGCACAAUAAUCCAGACCACUCAGUCAGAAGGUAGGGUGACUGAUAAAAACUUUAAUUGAGAUGAAGGAAUGAUUUUCUUCUUGCAUAAAGAUAUCCAGUUAAUUCUGGUAUUUCACAGUUCCCCCUCCCACCUCCUUUUCUCGUUGGGGGAAACAAAGUAGCAGUUAUACUAUUAAGAAAAUGAAGGGUUGUAUUGAAAAAAUAAAUCUGUUAAAUAUAGAGUUUUGAAACUGAACAAUUGUGGCAUUUAUAAACUUUUUGCCAAUGAUUUUGUGUCAAUUGAAGAAUUGCUUACCAUUUUAGGAAAUUAAGGUGCCUUAAGACAUUUGAGUACAAUUGUUCGUAAUGUCCAAGGAUCAUUUCAUAACGUAUAACCAUUGCACUGAGAAGGGAGAAUUCGAACUGCCAAUCAUGUAAGACAACUAAAGUUAGACAGAAGUAUAGUUACAGUGAGCUGGUUUAUAUAGAGUAAUAUAUAGGAGCAUAAAUGUCUCAAGUAUCUGCACUUGUGUGUUAUAUACUUGCUGGGUCAGUUAUUUAAGUUUUGAUACAACUUAGUACAACAGAAGAUUUAUGAACAGUUAUUUUUGUACUGUAUACUAAUGUCAAAGUACAAAUCUUACAUUAGCUUAUUCUGUUAAAAUAUCUGGACUAACUGUAAAAAAAAAAAA